AAUGGCUGCCAUAAAUUCAUUCAUAUUUAAAUCAUUUUCAUUUUAUUUGUUCAGUGAAAUCGUUUGAAUUGGUUGAUUUGUUUACAUUCAUAAAAAUUCAUGAAUAAUAAUAAGAAGAACUAAAUAACAAUAAAGAAUUAAUGAAUCGAUUCUUACGCAUGCAGCCGUAAUUUCGCGAUAAAUUUCAUCCUACCUGUUUCAACAAAAAAAAAUUAUCUCGAAAAGAUUUACUUUAGAUUAAAUUUUGUCGGUUUCAAUUGCGAUAAAGACUUUUCCGGUUGGUGUCUAUUGUCUAAAACAAAACCAAAGUUUAAGUGCUUUAAUCAGUCAGUCGGAUUGACGUUAUUAACUAAAAAUUAACCGGGAGGUCUUCUAUGAUCUCGGCUCUUUUGUUUGAUACAUAAAAUUGACUUAAAAUUUUUGGAUUCAACUCGUGUAAUCAGUGUUAUAAGAUCAGUUUUUUUCAACAAUGGACCGAAAUGCUUGAAAAGCUUCGCAUAGGAAGAUUCAGUAGUUCAUAUAAGACACGAAACGCUGCAGAACUGGCUCGGGAAAAGAAAGUACCAACAAUCGGGGUGACGGUGCUGUUCCUCGAUGACUCGAUAAACACGUUUACCGUCGAAAAACGAGCGAAGGGUGGCGACUUGUUGGGUCAAGUUUUUGAUCAUCUAGAAUUAUUCGAGAAGGACUACUUCGGGUUGCAGUAUAUCCAGCAACCAGGAGAUGUCGUGCGAUGGCUGGAUCCGAACAAACCACUGCGGAAACAAUGGGACAGCGCGAAAGGCGAUUCAAAUACACCGUUUUUAUUUAGAGUUAAGUUUUACGUAACCGAUCCGAGUCGACUACAGGAAGAAUAUACACGCUACCAAUUCUAUUUACAAAUUAAACGUGAUAUAUUCCAAGGGAAACUCACAUGUCCAUUAAAUACGGCUUGUCUAUUGGCUAGCUACACUGUACAAUCUGAACUUGGUGACUAUAAUCCGUUGGAACAUUUAAAUGGCUAUCUAUCGCCGCUUCGAUUGCUAGCUGAACAGACUGAAGAAGCAGAACGUCGAAUCUCAGAAUUGCAUAAGUUACAUCGUGGUCAAUUACCUGCAGAUGCCGAAUAUAAUUACUUGGAGCAUGCGAAGAAGUUGUACAUGUACGGUGUGGAUUUGCACAAAGCUGUUGAUUCGACUGGUAAAGAAAUUAGCCUAGGUGUAACAUCGGUUGGUCUGGUUGUUUUCCAAAAUAAUGUUCGCAUGAACGUUUUUUCGUGGUCCAAAAUGGUGAAAAUAUCUUUCAAAAGGAAAGAAUUCUUCAUUCAAUUACGACGUGAACCAUCGGAAAGUUAUGACACAUUAUUGGGUUUUGGCAUGGGCACUCAUAAAAACGCCAAGUCUUUAUGGAAGUCCUGCGUAGAACACCAUUCAUUCUUUCGAUUGGAACGUCCCAAUCGUUUACCACGCUUUCUGCCAUUGUCACUGGGUUCGAAAUUCUAUUACUCUGGACGGACAGAACUGCAGGCGGUUCAAGAGAGUAAACAACGUGGAAAAAUAUCAAGGAUAUUCACUCGUUCGCCCAGCAAACGAAUACUAACCCAUUGUACGUCGAAGCAGAAUGGUUCCGACAGUAACGGGAAAUCGACUAUUUUAAGUUUGACCAAAUCUUAUCGAUCCCAUGACAAUAAAAUUCAAUCAAAACAGUCGGACGCAUUGCCAAGAAAAGCAUGGGAGUCACAAAGCGAUGAUAGCGAUGGUGGUUUCAUCGAACGGUGUGCAAAAUCAUUUGAGUUUCCAUUAUCGCACAGCUGUGACUCUUCCGCACCUUGCAAUGAUGAUCAUACAACAGGCGUUGACGAUAAUCUCAUAACAGUUCGGUUAGUAGCUGAUGAAGCCGGUCGUUUUGGUUUCAAUGUUCGAGGUGGUGUCGAUCUAAAUUUGCCAGUAUUAGUUUCACGUGUUGCACCACACACACCAGCCGAUCGCACAAAUCCGAGGAUUAGUCAGGGCGAUCAAGUUGUCAUGAUAAAUGGUUGUGACGUGAGUGGAAUGCUUCACGAACAAGUUGUUUCACUGAUUCGGUCAAGCACUGAUCAAUCGGGAGAGCUUGUUCUUACCGUUCGACCAUGUGUGACCGUAAAUUCAGUGUGCGAUUAUACCGAAGAAGAGCCAAUGUAUCAAUACGUGCCGGACGCUCCAGAAUAUCCGCUGACUGGUGAUGCGCUAUUUUCACAAUCAUUGCUCCUUCUGAGUGAUGGAUUGGCAUCAGGUGCACUUUUGUCACAAUAUGAGCAGUUGUACCGAAAAAAUUCAGAUUUGGCUAUAACCGAGGCAAAGAAAACUGAAAACUUAGCCAAAAAUCGAUAUCGUGACAUAUCACCAUAUGACUGUACUAGGGUAGUCCUUAUAAAAUCCGAGUCGGGUGACUACAUAAACGCCAAUUAUGUUAAUAUGGAAAUACCGGAAGGUGGAGUCAAUCGAUAUAUUGCGACCCAAGGACCCUUAUCGACAACGACUACGGAUUUUUGGCGAAUGGUUCAACAAGAAAGUAGUCAUCUCAUUGUUAUGUUAACCACUGUUAUGGAACGUGGUCGUCCUAAGUGCCACCAAUACUGGCCAUUACUUGGCGAAGAGUUGGACAUGGGAAAUUCAUUUUCGGUGAAAUGUCUAAGCGAAGAGGCUGACGAAACGGGUAGUUUCGUAUUUCGAGAGCUUGUUUUAUGUGAUAAAUGUUCCGGUGAGAAUCGUCUAAUACAACAUAUGCAAUAUUUGGCGUGGCCGGACCAUGGAGUUCCGUCCGAUCCACAGCUGUUUUUAGAUUUUACCGAGAAAGUUCGUGCCGUCAGAAAGAAAUCGUUGCUUGAAGAAAUCGAUCUAAGCCUAAAACAUAUGCGACUGAUGGGCUCAGAUCGUUGCGGUGAUAGUGAAUUGCCUUGUGGUAUUGGUAGUGAAGAUGGUGAAAGUCCUGAGGAACUAGUUUUACCCCCGUCAACAAGUAUUCAUCAAUAUAUGAGCGCUGCUAAUCCGCCAGUUAUCAUUCAUUGUUCAGCCGGUAUUGGUCGAACUGGUGUGCUUAUUUUGAUGGACACUGCUCUAGCCUUAAUGGAUGCUCGUGAGCCAGUAUACCCAUUAGACAUAGUCCAAGGCAUGAGAGAUCAACGUGCCUGCAUGGUACAGAAUGUGAGUCAAUAUCGCUUUGUGUGCGAAUGUAUAUGCGCAGCUUAUGUUAAAAUAGCACGAUCGGAUGCUAUCUCGAAGUCAGAAGAUUCGUAAAUCUAUAAGUAACAAUAUGAAAGUGUGCCAUGUGUGAAACAACUCAGAAAAAAAAACAAAAUUGUUGAAACUACAGUUGCAGAAAAUAAUCGUUCGGAUAAAGUGUAUUAAGGUAAGGAGAUUAAUAUUAAGCAAAACAUUGUGUGAAAUGUUCAAUUUCCA